CGGUGGGUGGGACAAACAGCGCCAUACCAUAGAAAGGGGGAUGCUGCAGCCCCGUCCCCUCACAUCGCUCUCCACCCAGCCCUAGAAUAAAAACCACCAGUGACGUGCGUGCAGGGAAGCACCCAGCAGUAUGUGCGCGCCCACGGGAGGGGCCGAUAGAAAAUGGCGAGUCUGUGCAAAAGGCAGCAAUGCACGAUAGAGAGGCGCGGCUUUCGGCAGGAACUUGACUCUUGGAGGCACAAACUCAUUCACUGUGUAGGCUUUGAAAGCAUUUUGGAGGGCUUGUUUGGGCCGGGACUAGUCAAGGAUAUCACUCUUUUCCAAGACUGUGAGCCAGAGGAAGUGUCUGACUGGUCCUUCGAUGAAAACUGUCUCUUCUGCUGCGUAAGACGUGAGAAGAACAAGGAGCACAGCGUGGAAAACGGCGGAGACAGCCACGUGCUGUCAGCGUGUGAGGACUUCAAACAGGGGCAGUCUCGGAUCAGCCGGCUGGAGAGACAGGCCCGAGAAUUCCUCAAUGCUGUGUUCCACAGAAAAGACCUCCCAAGUUUCUCAGACCCUCACAUUCCUCUAGUGGCUCGUGAGAUCAUGCAGCGAAUGAUCCACCAGUUCGCUGCUGAAUAUACCUCAAAAACUACUCAGGACGACCCGCCCCUGCCAAAUGGCACCAUGAAGGACCAAAGACUGCCGAGAGGGAUGUCUCUGGCCCCGGCCCCCAUGUCCCCGGUCGGACCCACACCAAGCUCCCCUCCAUCGUCUGCCUCCUCCUCUCCAUCCCCGACACCGGGAAUGGGCUUCAGCCCCACCUGUGCUGCUGUCGCCUCAGCGCCACCUUGCACCCACAGCAGCAACAGCGGGGGAGGAGGAGGAGGCACAGCUGCUGCCUCUGCACAGAAUCCCGUCCUCAGUAAGCUGCUCAUGGCGGAUCAGGACGGCCCGCUGGACCUCACGGUUAGGAAGAGCCAGGUGGACCCGGAGCCCAGUCAGCAGGAUGGCGUCUUGGACCUUUCUACUAAGAAGAACACAGGAAGCAGUCCCAAACCCUUAAUCAGCUUCACUCCUGCCCCUGGGGUCAAAGGACAUCCGCUGAAAGCAGACCACACCCUGUCAGAGACCGAGGAAGAGGAUGGUCUCCUGCAGAGAAGUUCGGAGGGCGAACUGACGGAAAACUCCUUCAAACCCCCCCUGGCUCGCUCACUGCGCAUCAGGGAAGAGCUCCUCAGCCAGAAGCACCGCCUGUUGAGCCAGCCCACCGCUCUGUCACUGGCUAAUCUGGAGUCAGCUGGUUUACUGAAUCACAGGCAGUCCCACUCCAUGCUUGGUCAGAAGGGCUCUUCCUUUUGGGGGGGCAAGGCACACCUGGAAAGCCUGAUGAAACUAAAGCAGGCCGGUGGAGCUUUAAGCGACCUCAAAGACCUGCCUACAUUUUUGGAGAAUCACCACCACAACCACCACGGAGCCUUCUCCUAUAAAAGUUCCCUUCACCAACACAGCCACAAUCAAGUCUCAAAGGCCCAACAUCACCACAGCGAGGCCAAGAGAGAGCAGGGCCACUCUCCACCAGUCGACCUCAAGAUUCCCCAAGUUCGAGGAAUGGACCUUUCCUGGGACUCCCACGCGUCGGAGCUGUAUGGGUAUGGAGCUGCGGGCGUAGGUGGGGGCAACCAUGGGGACAACCCCCUGAGUCGGAAGCUGAGAGCCAUUCUUCCCAAACAGAAUCGCAGGGGAGGGAGUCUGGGAAGCCUGCUGGAUGGAGCGUCGGACUAUUGGAGCUCAGACUUGGAACACUGCAGUUCCGGACCAGCAUACUCCAUCUCUGACGUAGAAGGAGACCCAAACUCUAAGCAGCCGAGGAAGAAGAGGGGCCGCUAUCGCCAGUACAACAGUGAGAUUCUGGAGGAAGCCAUAGCUGUAGUGAUGAGUGGGAAGAUGAGCGUGUCUAAGGCACAGAACAUGUACGGCAUCCCGCACAGCACUCUCGAGUACAAGGUAAAGGAGCGCAUGGGAACCCUGAAGAACCCUCCAAAGAAGAAGCUCAAGCUGAUGAUGAAGAUGGAUGCAGGAAGUCAGGAUUUCGCUGCCGAGUCGGAGAAUACACUCGCCACUACCCCCCGCGAGGACGGCCUGCCGCUGGCGGCUGCUGAGCUGCAGGACGAUGUGAAGGAGGAGAUGGAUGACGAUAUCAAUCCAAUCAACUAAACUACUCACACGAGUCAGCCGCGGUUCCGUGACCGACGUCAUUCCAACCCGGAUGGGGCUUUCUUUGUGCCAAUUUACUUUGCAGUAUCUGGGUGAGCACAAGCGCGGGGAUGACAGCAGGAGGUCCCUACGCAUCAUUCAUCGGACACUUUUGAACCUGCGCCAACGAGCGUUUGUUCUGCUUUUAUAUCCAACAGCUCAACAGACGCAGCUGAAGACGUUUGUGAAAAGACAGUGAAUCACUUCUGAAGCAUGCUGAUAAUCCCCUACCCCCUACCUCUAUCGACUCGAUCCACUACAAUGUUGCUGCUCAGAGAUGCAGUUUGGGCUUUGUUUACGUCCGUUUUUAGGAGGGAAAGUUGAGGAGGGUAGAAAGUCUGUAACACCGGACCGAUAAUUCCUUUCCCUACUCGCCCGACUGGCUGAACGGUCUCUGACAUCUGAAGGUUUAAUCACACCGCUGAUAUCCUCACAAGGGUUCUGAAACAGACCCGUUCUCCUAUCGCCAGGUAGCCAUGAUGCUUUAACUGCAAACCUUUUCUUUACUUCUUAAGAACUCUGCUUGUCUCUGUGCGGACGAAGGCGAGCGUACCCGUCCUGGUCUGAGAGAGAGAAGACACACAAAAGUCAUUCAGGGAUGCAUGUUUGUGAGUUUUGUGGACACUACUGACUUCUUUUCCUCUACCUUUUCUUUUGUUUUGCUUUCUUUUGCACUACACUUUGGGUCUGGCGCUUACAGACCAGGUUACCUCGGCAUUGUUGCCCAUGCAUCAUGCACUUAUUAUGGUCUGUCUCAAAAGCCCAGUCGCAACCUUGCAACGAGUCAGAGGUGCACGUCGCGCUUGAAUGCUGAUUCAUUUUCAGAUGUGGGACGCUCUGAAUUCACCCUCUUUUUUUGCCAAGGGACAACUCGAAGGGUACUCUGAUUAUGGAUCGGCCGUUUUCAGGCGGGAUGCUACCUCAUGAACCUCCAUCAGUCUGACACUGCUGAUCUUGGAAAGGUGGAGUCACCUUCAGGUUGCCCUCCGCAUGGGGACCAAAGGGUGCUCCGCCCCUCAUGGAAAUUUUUAUCGGAUGACAGCCCUUUGGGAUCAGAAUGUGAAACUGUGCUGCUAUCCAGUUCAUUAUCAAGCUCCUACGAUGGCUUUAGCCCCGGUUGAUGGAUUUCAGCUCGACUCAGCUAAGGACAUGUUGCUGAUGUUUGAUCUGCUGAUCGUACCGAGCAGAAGCAGCUUGGUUGAUGAGUUAAAAAACCCUCAAAGGUGGUCCAAGGCAGUUAUGUAUGAAAACAUUGUGCAUUUAUGGAGGGGUGUCGAUUCCAGGGAGGUGGGCGGGUAAUAUGCAGUGGGGAGGGUUAGUUCAUAGGUGGGGGAGAGGCAGAUUUUAAUAUAUUCUAAGUUAUUAUGACUAUGUAAAAGCCAAUCCGUCAUUCUCCUCAUUUCAACUCAGGGUAACUGAGACGUCGACGUGGGUUUCUAAUAUGGUGAUUUCCUGUUGGACCUAUAGUGAACCGAGAGGAGAGGACACGCCUCUCACUGAUGCUUUUCUGCCGUGGCGGACAAGCCCGCUACUGAAACACAACACUAAUGUCCGGUUUGUGAAUUGAACUUAUAGCGCUGAACGAAGUAGCACUUUCCAAAAGCAAGAGUAAAGCCGAGACAGACGUUUGAGGUUAUGCAUGUCGUGCAGCUCUUCUCCGAGGCCGACGGAGCAGAGGGCGGCGCGGAGGGCAGAGGAGCUCAAAGCUUUAGUCUGAAGGCUUUCGGAGAGCUGCAGCUUGGAGCCAAACCACACUCCUUUAUGCCCCUCCCAUGAACCUCCACACUAAAACAGGAAGUAAGAGAGGCAGGUUUUACGUUUGCGUCAUCUCGUUGUUCUCCCUCCGCUCUGCUCCCGACACUGCCCGGCGCUCACCCAGUCUGUGAGCUUUCUGCUCAGUUCAGAACCACCAUUCUCUGGUUCACAGCGUCUAUCACACUUUAUUUAUUUGAUUGUGUUUAUUCUUCUCUCAAAAAUGGCAUGCACCCUGUUUCUGGCUGCUUUUGGGGUAGCACGAACACAUUUCAAGAGUGCGUCUUGCUCUUACACCCACAGCAGUUUAGAUGAGGUCACAAUCCGAGCAGAAUCACUUCCUGCCUGUUGCAAACAAUCUUUGUGGGUUCUGGUGAUCCACGUUUAGCAUUGUUGCUAGAACGUUCUACGAAAGCGUAGAAUCGUAACCUGUGGGGUGAGCGUGCAUGAAAUGCGACCAACACUUGUCACUGCAAAGCAUUUCGAGUGUCUAAAAGGUUGGCGUGCACGUGGAGUUGGACCCAGCGUAGGACAAUGCACUUAUCUGAUGGUGAAAACAGGAUCAAACCCUGGAGUUCACACUCAAGCACUCGUGCUGCACACAGUGGCCACCGGGCUCCUCCCUGCUUAGAAGAACGAAGGGAGAAAGGUCCUGUACGUUUUAUUUAAAGCUUCUUUCGUGUAAAGAUUGAACUACGUGCACACAAACAGUGCAGUCGGCAUUAAAUGCGCAGGUUUGCAUGAACAAAUUCAAACAGCACUUAGACUGAAUUCCCCUGAGAGGGGCGAUUCCUCCAGACCCAGCGGUGGGUGUGAAUAAUUGGACCUAAAUCAUGAAGAGAACGUUCCUCUCCUCCUGGAGAGCACUGAUCUGGCUUCACGAGAAGACUGUGUCCAGCCCGAUCCCGUCCGAGGUGCAUGCCAUUUAAGGUAGAAACAUCGCUGUGCUUUUAUUCUGUUUCGUUGAAAUGUUUGUUGUUGUGCGGUUAACGGCUCCACCUGUCCACAAAACCCUCGUCCCACCGGGUCUGCUGGCUAACAUCUCACACCUGCUCCUGAAGAGGACUUCCUUUUCAACAGACUGUUGUUGUUAUGCUCUGAGUUUCACUUGUUGCUGCUUUGAGCUGGCUGCCGUCUAAAGGCAGGCUAGUGCUGUAAAUGUCUCAGGACUCGCGGGUCGGCACCAGUCUGCCAGCAGCUGCUUCAGGCUCAGUGGCACACACCAGCAGAUGGGUGGAGGAAACCCAGCCUGUCUCCUUCCAGCUCCUCUCCCGGCUCAGAUCAGGCUCCACCAAAGAGAGGUUAGUGUAGGACCAAAAGACCUGUUCUCCUUAGUCUGGGUUCCCAGGGGCCCCCUGGUGUUUCCAGGUGCCCCCUGGUGUUCCCCUGAGCCCAUCUCUGUAGAACUGACUGGCACUGACCUGGGUCCUGAUGCUGCAGGAGGUCAUGGACAGACGUCUACAGAGCUGAAGCACAUCUCUGUGUGAACAUCAUUUCCAUCCUGGGGUUUCAUCAUUAGUCAUGAAGAAGCCUGAUCGUGUGAGGAGGUCCCGAUCUGACCAGACGUUGUGUCUGGAUAACUUUACAGCAGAUGGGUUUUGUUAGCUGUCUAGAAAUGAUUUCCCCGUUUAUGAAAGAAACUCUUUCCUCUCUGCUGGUUUUAAAAACCAGAGCAGAAAAACAUCAGAUGUAGUCCGGAAAGCUGCUGGAGUCGUAUCCCAGCGGGAAUCAUCCGUCUCCAUCGUGCCCCUCCCCCAACACACACACCACCACGUAAUGUAUGUUUUCUACAGACUGAGCUCAGGAGGAGAGUUGAGCUUUAACUUUACAUCCAUCUGUUACCGUGGCGACUGAGCCUGAAUGCCGUUCCUCAUCCACACCACUCUAGUCCUCUCCGUGCCUCGUACCUCACCGGAUCUUUUACCUGGGUGCCUGGCAAAGUGAAAGCUAAUACUCUGGGAAACACGCUGUUACUUAGCUGUUGUUUGGCCUUGCUCACGGGGGCAGGAGGGACUCAAAGGUGCCACCCUGACACGUUUCAGGUAUUCUCUCACAACAAAACCUCUUGGAAGUGUAAUCGCCACAGGGAUCACUCAGCUGUUCAGCUCGUAGGUCAGAGCUGGAAAACAAACAUUUUGGGACGGUCGGUUUCUCCCCAAAGGCAGUGAGAGGCACAGGUCCCACCCUGCUCUGAGAAACACCACAGGCUUGAGUUUCUCUUCAGUUGUUUCCUCGUUAGAUGAAACAAAACUCCAGGCUGAAACCCGACAUGAAGGGUGUGUUUCUGUGCUCGGACCGAUUGUCUCGGAGACCCAGGGGGGUGUUGGGGGACAGGUGGAUGACUUAACUGUCUUGAAUCAUGUUUAUGUUAAAGGAAAAAUAACUUUUCUGCUGAAAUCUACAGAAAAAUCAGCUAACGUACAAACCUACCUAAAUCUGAUGAAGCACCUCUGAA